GCAUGUCACGGGUGGCUGUGCUGCAUGUUCUUCAAGUCAUGAUGGCAGCUGUGUCCGCAUCAGCCUCUGACGCACAGACCUCAUUCGGGACAGAGCGAGAUAAUGAGCCUAGGUUAGACGUAGAGUUGCUCAAGGAAACAGCGAGAAAGGCCUUGAUCGACACUUUAAAUGCGGUAAAUGGCGCGAAGACGCUCGUGCUUGAUCCCACUCUUGCGGGGCCUUUGGGACUGGUCACCGAAGUUGCACUUCUGAAGCACCAUGGCGUGGACAAGAUGUUCUGGCUUGAGCCAGGCCCAUUAACCCCGGCUACAACAAAUGUCGUAUAUCUUUGUCGCCCACUAAUCAAGUACGUCAAGAUUAUUGCAGAGCAGGUCAAAGCCCACAUUCGAGAGUCGCAAAAGCACAGAUAUACACUCUUCCUUGUACCUCGUACCUCCACCCUAGUAUCAAGGAUACUUGAAGAAGAGGGUAUCCUCGGCGAUAUUACCAUAUCUUCUUACAACUUGCAGUUCAUUCCAAUUGCGGAUGAUGUCAUUUCGCUCGAGAACGACAAUGCAUUCAAGGAGUUAUGGGUGGACGGCGACGAAACCGUGAUCUAUAACUCCGCGUUAGCACUCAACUCGUUGCAGAAGGUGUACGGUCGCUUCCCUCGCAUGUUAGGAAAGGGAGACUAUGCUUCGCGGCUGGCAACCCUCCUUACGAAAUCACUACCUGAGCAACCUUCUCCCUCGUCAGACACCUCAAUAACUUCUGCACCGUUCGACUCGCUCAUCAUUAUUGACCGCACUGUCGAUAUGAUCACGCCGCUUCUGACCCAACUAACCUAUGAAGGCCUGAUUGACGAAUUUAUUGGUAUCAAGAACUCUCAUGUUGAACUACCAGUUAGCAUCCUCACUCCCCCCAGUGCACCUAACCCUUCGAAUCCAAACGCCGCCCCAUCAGGAUCUGCGUCCGUCACUCCACUUAUCAAUGAAAAAACUAAGAAGCACCACCUCUCGGCCGCCACUGACCCGCUAUUGGCUGAGCUCCGGGACUUGAACUUUUCAUCAGUAGGGAGAAGACUUAGCAGAGUGGCACACCGAUUAGAUGAAGAUUACAAAGCUCGACUGCAAGCAAAGACCGUCGCGCAGCUUCGCGACUUUGUCGGCAAGCUUGGUGGUCUUCAAAGUGAACACCAGGCCCUUAGACUUCAUACUAGCUUAUCGGAGAUGCUCUCUCCCAAGACACGCACAGAUUUAUUCAACAAAUCGCUCGAAGUGCAGCAGAAUCUUCUUGCAUCGUAUGAGGUCUCGGCUCAGAUCAGGGCAAUCGAAGAUAUGAUCGCACACGGUGCAAGCAUGCAGACUGUCGUGCGACUGUUAUGCCUCGCUAGUAUUACUGGUGGUGGAAUCAAGGCCAAAGCCCUGGACAGUGUAAAACGCGAGGUUCUCCAAGCUUACGGAUACAACUACCUCCCCCUGCUUCUCUCGCUAGCCGCGCCCCCUUUGACUGUUUUGCUGCCCAAUCCCCUUCCAGUUUCCACUCCUCCCGCUGUUGCAGCAAGCAAAUACCCUUUCAUAACCCUGCGCAAAUCGCUUCGUCUUCUCAUAGACGACAACCCUGAAGCACUGGAGGAGGUGGAAAAUGACAUCAGUUAUACAUACUCUGGAUAUGCGCCUAUUAGUGUGCGGCUGGUGCAAUGCGUCGCCCAGAAGAACGGGGUCAUCAGUAACCCUGCAGAGAGGAGCACUGCAGAUGACAUAGAUGGCAAGGGCAAAGGGUCGAGCACCAGAAAACUCCACGCGCAUCCGAUCGUAGGCUGGAAAGGCUUCGAGGACGUGUUAGGUACGAUCCCGGGCAAGACAUUUGACAUUGCGCAGAAGGUGCCUGCAUCCACCAACUCCACUGCGUCUUCUGUUGCUUCCUUGCUGCGCUCCUCCGAGCAAACGACAACAACUGCGGUAUUUUUCCUUGGUGGAUGUACGUAUACAGAGAUUGCUGCCCUUCGUUGGGUGAGCCGACAAAACAAAGGUCGUAAAUUCCUCAUUGUGACGACAGGGAUUGUGAGUGGGAAUAGCUUAAUCGAUAGCAUUGCGAACGCUGGGAAGAAUCUUUCUGCGACUAAGGACGUGAACACCUAGUGUGCGACGGCGCGGAUACUGUCGCACUGGUAGAGCGCAUACACACGGCCGUAAAUAUUGGUCUAGUGCUAAAUAGAUCAUCAUGAUAUCCACCGUUUGCCACGCUGCUGAUCGAUGUUGGAAGAAUCCCAGAAUUGAAUCUAAAAAGAAGAUCCUCAGGGAAGCGAGCUUGGAGAGAACGUUGGUUACUUUGUAGCAUGGAUACGAGUCUGAUAUGUCUAAGAUCAACGUUCAACACGGACGCGACGCG